GAAAUGCUCGCUGACUGAAUUCGGUUGUGACAAAUAACUAUUGCCAAAAUCAAACUAUCAAUUGUUCCAAAGAAUGCACAGUGUGUUUUGCCUAUGCAUAUGGCUAUUUAUGUGCGCUAUCAUAACGUUCGGAGACGAGUCGAUUGAGCCGCGGAUUAUUAAUGGCAGCAUUGCGAAAGUGGCCGAGACAAAGCACCUAGUCUCCAUACGUCUGAGGAAGAAUGAUAAGAACUUCGGAACCGGCCACAUUUGCGGUGGCUCCCUAAUUGGCAACAACAAGGUACUCACCGCCGCCCACUGCCUCUACAACACCUCAAAGAAGAGAUACCGCAAGGCCAAUGAGUUUGUGGUGGUCAUGGGCACCCUCAAUCGCUACGAACGCACCAAGAACACCAUCGUCUCGGAUGUGAGCUCCAUUGCCUAUAUGAACACCUUUGGAACGGAUAGCAUGCGUGACGAUGUUGGGGUUAUGUUUCUGCGCACCGGUCUGCCACCAAAUAGCACACAUCCGACUGUGGCGCCCAUCGAGAUGGCCACGCAGGUGACACCAGUCGGCGCCACAUGCCAGGUGUCUGGCUGGGGUCGCACCGAAGAGAACACUCUGUCGAAUGUGCUGCUAUCGGCGAAUGUGAGCCUGAUCCGUUGGAGGACCUGCCGCAGCAUUUAUGGCAGUGGUCUGCUUGAUGGCAUGAUCUGUGCGGGACGAUUGCGUGGCGGCACCGAUUCCUGUCAGGGCGACUCUGGGGGUCCGUUGGUGUAUGCGGAUCGCGUCAUUGGUGUCGUCUCCUGGGGCUAUGGUUGUGCGGAGCCGGGUCUGCCCGGUGUUUAUGCGGACGUACAGUAUUAUCAUCAGUGGAUUGAGGAGCGUAGCGCCGGCUUCUCAGCGCUCCAGCUGCAGCAACGGUGGCUCUGGCUCUGGCUGGGCUUGGGUUCGAUACUCUGGGCCACGUUGGCCUUCUAAUUGAUGUGUUACUAGCUAAGCUGAAUUAAUUUUUUUUCUUCUUUUUAUGCAACUUUUAUAUUUUAAACAUGGACCUGCUGUUCUACUCGAUGAACUAAGCAGAAUUAAACCAAAACAUAAAAAAAAA